CCCUGACAUUGGCAACAGGUGAAAAAGAUAAUAAUUUUAAGUUAGUGCCAUUUUUACAACCUUUAUAGAAUUAUCCUAAUAAUUGCAGAUACAUUUAUUAUUCUAUUUCUCUCAGUAAAAAUUGUGUUUUAUUUAAUUACGGUCGACUUUUACAGUGCAAUACAUUUUUUCAUAAAGUGUUAUCUCGCGAAUAUCCCUUUUUUCUGUGAUAACGCAUUUUUUAUUAACAAUAUCCUAAAAUCGGCUAUUGUUUUUCUUCACAAUAAGUAUAAAGUGAGUUGAAAUAAACUAUUGUUAAAAUUCAAAUAUUGAUCAGAAGUUUGACCCCUAUGUGUUAAGUCGCUUGUCAUAAUCUUCUGCAACAGAAGCACUUUCAUACGACUGAAGUGUUAUCCAGUACCCAUACAAUAAUGAUAUCUAUAAAAAUGUUUGUAUUUUGCGUGAUGACUAUUCUUGGCUGCUUUUCCAUAGCAUUGGACGCGAGAUCGUCAUUUGAAAACGUAAAUAAUGAAUAUAUCGACUACGUUUCUAACAGUCUUUCUGCUCAGAAUUUACCACAAAAGAGAUACACCUACGUUUCUGAGUAUAAAAGACUACCUGUUUACAACUUCGGCAUUGGAAAGAGAGCUCGUCCAUAUGAAUUUGGUGCGGGCAGACGUAGCAAGGCCUAUAGUUUCGGCGUUGGCAAGAGAUUUAAUUAUGAUGAACAGCACCUUGAUUACGUAUCUGAUGCAGCCUAUAAUUCGAAUCCCAGAGAUUUAGUGGACAACCAAUCAAAAUACAAACGUGGCCCCUCUCAGCGAUUUUCAUUUGGUGUGGGUAAGAGAGGAAGAGAGACAACCUUAUCUAACUCUGAAAAUGCGGCCGAUAAUAUCAAGAAACCGAAAAACAAAACAUACGAUAUUAAUCUCUAUGAAAUUUACAAUUUGAUGCGCAAUUUUGAUAAAGAAAAUGCACCUGCGUAAGCACUAGGAGUCCUAAUUCCCAAUUCAGCUGCAAGAGUGAAAUUUUUGUUAUGCAAUCUUUAUGAACUAUAUAUUAAAAUUUUAGGUCAGUUUAGUGAUAUAAAAUUUUUCAUAUUGAUAUGCAUGCCUUGUGUAUAAUACUUUCUACUUUAAAGGUUGUUGUUUUGUCAUGUGAUGUCAUUUAACUCUUCGCAAACGCUAUUGCAAGUUUUGUAAAUAGAUCACAUCUUCGAUUCAGGUGGACUUAGAACACAAAAUGUUUCCUACGUUAUGUAACUAAAAGUUCCUAAUUCCUACUUUCUACAAAUAACAAUGCUCCUUAAAAGAGAAUGUUAAAAUCUGUACAUGUAAUAUUUAAUUGACUACGUAUAUAUUUCAUGAUUAUAUGACUUUGUAUCUACGUGACCUUAUAUACAAAUUUGCAUUAUGCUACAUUGUUUAGAGUCAUAUACGCAGCGUACAUAACGUGCAUAACACACAUAAAAUGAUUGUUAUUAUUUUAGUUUCUAAGCUUACUCAAGUCGAAAUUUUAGCCCCAUUUAAGUUCUGCAUAAUUCCAAAUAGAACCUACUUUAGCCCUACCUAAAACACCAUGUCCUCUUUUAAACACAGUUGGACCCUAUUUUAAAUAUAAAAAAAUUUAAUUUGUUGAGAGAGAAGCAAUUUCUUCCUUCAGAUCG